GAAGCAGAUAGACCAGCAGCACUUGACAUUUGUGCCUUCAUGGCUCGAAUACAGUAAAUCUGUGCAUUUCGCUCAUCAUUUGUGACAUUUGAAUUAGGUUUCUUGGAGCACAAGGAUGUGAUGAUACGCAAAAGAACAGGCAAACCUCCACCGUCGAGAAAUUGCUUGACCCAGCUAAUGGGCUGUGUACGCAUGGCAACAUCCAAAGAUUGGAGCUCCUUAGCAAGCUCACUAGAAGAUAACCCACUCUGUAAAAGUGUGACAUACGCGCCUGGCUCGUACAAGAGUCGGCCAGGAGUAUCUAUGGGAUUCGACUUUUCUUCCCGCUGUAUAAGAAGCCCCCAUUUUUUGGCUGACGGCAUGCCUCGCAUCUGCUCAGCUUUUUGAUGAGGAAGAGCCAGUUCAGCAAGGAACACUUCAAACCGAGCAUUUACAACUUCUUCAGGUGGAAGUCCAGUAGGACUCAUGGCAGAAGUUGAAGUCGCAGAGUACACACCAGAACUCCCCAAUUCAAUACUUCCAUUAGCAGUUCCGAUAGUUAAUCCAGUUGGUGGAUUUUUGACUGGACUGGAAAUCGCGUUAAGAUGAGAGUUGGAUGAUGCCGUGGCGAGAGUUUCAGUAGACUUUCCCCAUGGUUUCCAUAAAACUGUUUUGCUACGGCCUGGAGAUUCUUUAUCUUUGGAUAUGUUUAGAGCUUGUUUUAAACCCUCGUUUCCUGAAAGCGGUGUCUGGGUUUUCUUUAAGUCUGCCAUCUGUUUCUACAAAAUAGCGACCCG